AUGGCGAGGACGGGCGAGUGGGAGGAGAUCGCCUUCCGGCGCAUGGGGGGCAGCCGCGGCCUGCGGGAGGACCUCUCGGAGAUCACCCGCAGCCUUGCUCGCCAGCUCCGCGCCGCCGCCGACUUCCUCGCCCCGCCGCCGCCGCCGCUGCCGACCAACCCUUCCUUGGCUUCUUCUUCUUCUUUGCCUGGAAAUCGCUCCGCCGCCGCAGGGCUCUCUGUCACGCGGGCCCCGUCGGCCGCCUCACCGGUAUCGCCUUCCGCCAGGGCAAUCGUCGGCGUGCGGAGCGACCUUGCGGAGAUCGGCGGAGGUUUUAGGACGGGGUUGGCGGCGCUCUCCUCUCUGCUCGGGAAUUCGCCAGAAAAGGACAGCAGAGACGGCGGCGACCGGAGGAGGAUCAGCGAUGGAGAUAGGGCUCCCAGGGUCGUCGGCAUCACGGAGGAGGUGUUGAAGUUCGUGGAUUUCCUGUCCGGCCGACCAGAAGAGUGGAUUCAAUGUCCCGUGCCUCUCGACGGCCGUAUGCUACUUCUUCUUUCCCUUUCUACAUAAGUGGCUUAUCUUUUUUUAAUUUUUUUCCGGCUGAUAAACCAUGCCGAAGGUUAUACCGUUUCUCAUCCAACAGCUUGCCUCAGUUUUUUUUUCCAAUUUUCUUGCGGUGAUUGCACUUUUUUCCAUCAGAAUUGUCCACUCUUCGAAGUAAGGGUGUCCUUCAAGAUAAUAUAGAUUUUUAAUUUUUUUCUCUGAUGAAAUAGUAUAAAUUUCCAGUCUUUCUGCUAAACAGGAUCUAUUGAACUCAUAAUUCAUUAGAUACUUUUUAUGAAUGUCAACUAAGUAUCGUAAGUAAAUUGAUCCCGGUUGUUCAAUCAUUUGAUAACCAGAGUCAUUCUUUGAUAAAUGAUCACUAUGAGUCAGACUCAAUAGAAUUUGAUCAAUUCUUUUUUCUGUCGUUAAGGUGGAGAACUGAACCAAGAAUUCUCUUUCGUCAUCAUCAAUCGAAUCACUGUUCGCGACCCAGGAUUCUAUUUUAUCAUCAAUCCAAUCACCGUUCACGUUUUUUCUUUUUCUUAUCAAUGCAUAGAUUUCUUUACUUGUACGACUUAGAUGUCUCGUAUUUCUCGAAAAAGUGAUUCGAUUGACGGGAUUUGGUAUGAUACUUAUGAGAUCGAUGAGAUUGAUAUUCAAAUAUUUAUUUCAAACCCGGAAUACCAUUUAUUUCUAUGGAAAAAUUUGCAGUUGCUACAACUAUAUGAUCAAUACCUUUUGAAGCAAUUCCACCGCAGUGGAGGAAGAAAUCUCUAGUUCUCUAUAGCAGGCGCGGUCUCCCUGAGAAGGGUGUUCUUCAAGAUAAUAUAGAUGACGAACUUUUUUUUCUCUGAGAAAAUAGCAUUAAUUUUUACAGGAAAAAUUUCCCUUACUUUUUGAAGCAAUUCUGCUGGAAUGGAGGAAGAAAUCUGUUAUUCUCUAACGCAGGCGCGGUCUCCUCGCAGAUUUUGAGAUAUCUGAUCCUCGGAGGAAGCACAUCGCUGCAGUCGAACGCCUGGUUCCAGGUCUCGCAUCGUUGAGGGCCAGGCUCUGCCCCAGCCACAUAAGCGAGGGAACUUUCUGGAAGAUCUACCUCUUCCUGUUGCAUCCAAAGCUCGGGGACCACGAUUCGGAGCUGCUAUCCACCCCCAAGGCAAGCCUUCACCAUCCGCGGAAAACCUCAUGAUGAUCUGUUCUCGUGCAAUGAUCAGAAACAGAUCUGGAUAAUUUUGCAAAUAUAUGAUGGCCGUCUCUGAGAGGAAUGCUGUUCGUGCAGAUUGUGGAGGAGAUGGACAGAGCGCUGCAGGAUCUACGAAACAGGAUCAUCAGACGGCUGGAGAUCUCCCGCGCGGACGACGCCUCCCCGCCAGCGAUCGGCCGUACCUGCGAGAUCGAGGAGGUCGACGAGAGCCCCGCCACUGCAGCGGCGGCGGCGGCGAAUCCGGAGACGACCUCUUGGGUGAACUCCAUCGAGAGGGGGGACGUCGAGCAGUGGCUAGAGGACGUCGAGGUCAUCUCCAGGAAGCAGCCGGAGAGCGAGGAGGAGCCGCUGCUUAGCGACUUUGAAAGCGAUCUUCACAUUCUAGGGCUGAGGCGCCCCAUGAGCUCUUCUUCCGUCGAGGUCGUCCCCUUCUCCACCGCCGCCGCCGCCGCCUACAGCUCCGCCGAGUGGGCUCCGCCGGCCGGCCGCCGGAGGAGGCCGAAGCCGACGCCGCAGAGCCGCUGGGAGCCGAAGGCCGACGGCGAAUCCAGCGACUGGGUCGACGCCGGAGACUCCGACUCCACCUUGGGCUGA